ACCAUUCCCUCUCUCUCCCACCAAAACAUCACAAACAGUCACCUAUCUUCACCUUCUCUAUUCAAAUACACCAAUUUUUGCAUUAGGAAUAAAAAAGAUGGUGGUUUGGAUGAUUGAGUUGAUAAGCCUGGCUGCUUCGAAUUCCCUUGCCGUUUUCUGUUUCUGCAAUGUGAUCAUCGCGAUUCUUGUUGUUGGCGGAUCGAAAACAAGCUCGGAUUCUGAUGAAAUUGCGAGGCCUAGUCCUACCAUUGCUUGCCUCAACCAAAGCUCGGGUGAGAAAGAAUCGUCUGUGAGCAUUGACAUGGUUUACAGCCAAAACGAAGAGGAAGAAGAGGAGGAAGAGGAAGAAGAAGAAGAAGAAGAAGAAGAAGAAGAAGAAGAAGAAGAAGAAGAAGAAGAAGAAGAAGAAGAAGAAGAAGAAGAAGAAGAAGAAGAAGAAGAUGAGUUGAGAAAAAGAGUGGAAGAGUUUAUCGACAAAACCAACAGAGGUUGGGAGGCAGAAAAGAUGAAUAGAUAUUCUACAACAACUUUGAUCCAAUGACAUCAAUCUCUCUGUAUUCACAUUCUUCUUUUCUCUGUUUUUGCAUCAACAAAUCAAAUAAUUUUGGAGUCUCCUUUCUA